ACAGGAUGCAUAAAUGUUAGAUCAGACAGGAUGCGAAACCAGUGAUUCUACUACAAAUGUAACAGAAGUUGUUUGUUCGGAGAUGGGGUGUUGUUCUGAUGACAGGAAGUGGUGCAGGACAUCCUUCUGUCAGUCGCUCUGAUUUUCAGUCUCCAUCCAGACAUCAUGAAGGUUCCAUCAGUGUGUCUGCUGCUCGGAGUCUCAGCUGUUCUGCUGGCAGGAGGAACAGAUUCUGAAGUGUCUCUGAUCGUCAGACCAGACCUUCAGCAGUUCUUCAGUGGACAAUCAGUGUCUCUGAGUUGUGAGGAUGGACAGACAGCUGAUGGAUGGACAGUUAAGAGGACCAAAGGAACACUCACUGAAACCUGUGGAGCAUCUGGAUCAGACUUUGGGGUGUUUAAAGACUCCUUCUGUGUCCUUGACCUCUUGUCUUCUUACACUGGAGUUUACUGGUGUGAAACCAGUGCAGGACAGAGGAGUGACCACAUCAAUAUCACUGUUAACCAGAAAGAAGACAGGGUUUUUAUUCUAGAGAUCCCUGCUCUUCCUGUGGUGAAAGGAAUCAAUGUCACUCUGCAUUGUCGUCACAAAGAUGGCUCCAUCCGUGCAGCUUUUUUCUACAGGAACAGUCAAAUUAUUGGAGAUGGAGUCAAAUCUCAGAAGGCCAUUAUUCACAGAGUCCAACAGUCCGAUGAAGGUUCCUACUGGUGUUCUACUGACACUUCUGGAUCAUCACCUCAUAGCUAUCUAAGAGUCAGAGAUCCUCCUCUCCCUCAACCAUCUUCCUACCCCAUGACAGCUUCCACUUCUUCAGCUGAUGGUGCUAAUCAUACAGCAAGUUCUCCUUCUCCUUCUGUGUCAUUGGUGCACCUCCUGUGCCACCUGCUGGUCAUUUGCCCGUACUGCGUGUGCAGCAUCCUGCUGGCUUCAAUCUGCUGCAGCAGGAGCUCAGGAAACCAAGCUGCGGUCUCCAUAGAAACCACCCAGCUUGGUGGACCGGGUGAUAUUGCUGCUGAUGUCACUACAGAGCAUGAGUUCUGAUGGAGCGUGAGCUGCAGGUUUGGGGUGCAUGUCCGGCUGCUUCGCCACAAACAGGAAGCCUGGACCCGAACCCAACCAAUCAGAGCAGCUUCUGAAAAGAGGUUUCACUUCCUGCUCAGCUUCUUCUGAGUGAAAUAAGACCUACUGACACUUGGACCACCAGAAGCACCAAACUGCUCUGUAUUUUCAGCUUGAUAGCAUCGCUCUAGAGGAACUGAUAUGUUUGAAUUGGGUCCAUCUUUUUUAUAUUGAGAUUUGGUUUCUAAAUGUCUAUUUUAAAAUUUUGAACAAGUUGUCGAUUAAUGGUUUAUUAGGUUAAAAUUAGUUACAUUCGUCUAACUUUGAACUCUUUGUUCUUACUGGUCUACUCUUAGACCAGUAGUGCCCAAAGUUGGUCCUCAAGGGCCGGCAUCCUGCAUGUUUCCUGCUGGUUUAACGCACCUGGAUCAUAUUAUGGCUCGUUAGAUGACCAAAGAGGAACAUUGACAUGCUGAAAAGGUUGUUACUGCCACCAGGGAGAGAACUAAAACAUGCAGGAUGUCGGCCUUCGAGGACCGAUUUUGGGCAUCCCUGUCUUAGACCUUAUUUAGUGUUGUAGUUUGGCCGCCAUCCAGGAGAUGACGAUGAUGGUAAUCCUUAUGCGGAACAAGAAUUAAAGAGGCAGCGAUAUCCCAGAACAGGGAAACAGCAGUUCUGUUUUGAAAUAUAAACACUCGACAAGCUCCAUAAGCUAUAACCUUAAAUAGAGCUUAUUUAGCCGUGCUGGAGGACGGAGCAUCUUCAACUUCUCAACUAAAAAUUAUUGAAGUAUGUGACAUGGAUAUGAGAAUGUGAUGAUGACAGAAAAGCGGAGGGCAAAAAAAUUGUAAUGCGGUAUAAAGAAACCCCAAUUUUGUGUGUUUUUUGUUUUUUUCCCCCCCUUUUUUGGCACUAAUA